AUGUCGUCCUCCAACCCAUCCAAACCCUCCAAACCACCCGUCAUGAAGCUCAAGUUCGGCGCACCCAAGCCGCCGUCUGAAGCUUCCGCUUCGUCGCCCGCCACGCCUGGCGGCAGUGGCCUCAAGCUCAGCUUCAAACCCAAGUCCACUGCGAACACGCCCGUCACCGAGACCGCCCCAAGCCUUCCGGGUCCCGCUGGACAGACCACCUCACCGGAACAACAGAAAAAGCGCAAGAACCCCAAGAAGGAGAAGGCCGGCGGAGGUGCCAGUGCCGGAGGCGCCUCUACCACCACCGCUCCCAAGGCCGCAAAGAAGCGCGCGCGCGAAGAUGAUGCCGGAGGCGCGACCACAUCGACAAAGAAAUCGAGGCCUACGCUGUCCCUCAAGACGUCGGGAGCUCAUGCGCCGCCUCCUGCCCAACGGACCCAUUCGAUCUCCCUCAAGCUGAAGUCCGCGGCGCCAAAGACCCCGACCGUUCAGAGGAUCAAGGUGAAGCAUGUGGGCCAGCCGCCGAAGCGCGAAUAUGGUGUUGGAUAUGAUAGCGAGGCGGACGAUGCGGAGCCCGAUCCGGUACUUGAGUCGCAAUUCGUGCUGCGUAUGGCGCCUGGUCCUGAUUGCGACUACUUGCAAAAGGCGAUUGCCGAGAAGAGGGUGGGCCUGUCUGUAAAGGAGGGCGGCGCGGACGUCCACUUCCGCUUCUUCGACAGGGAGGGUAGGCGUGCCUGUGUCUCGAUCCAAGGUCACCACUAUGCGGCAUGUAUGGUGGAUCUUCCGUGUAUUAUUGAAGGGAUGAAGAGCUGGGAGAAGAAGAGCGGCUGGUACAAGACGGCCGACAUAUGCCAGAUGCUCCUGGUCCACACCAGGGUUGAUACUCCGGAGCAGGCCAAGGACGCCCCAACGCCCAAAGAGGUGGAUGACAAGACAUGGCAGUACCCUCACGGCUUGACACCCCCCAUGCACUACGUUCGCAAGCGCCGCUUCCGCAAGCGCGUCAGCACACGUACCAUCGAAGCCGUCGAGGAAGAAGUUGAGCGCUUGCUCGAUGCAGAUGAGAAGGCAUCUAAGGCUGGCGGCAGCACUUCGUACGACCUCAUCGACCCGAACCGCCAGGACCGCGACGAGAUCAGCUCAAUGGUCGGCGACGAAGACGCUAUGGGCGACCUAAUGGACGCCGAAGGUUACAUCGACGCCGAAGGCGAAGAGGAGGUCGAUGCGGAGGAGAUGGAGCGUAUGCUUGCCAUGUCCAUGGACGAGGACCAACCUAUCACCAGCAUCGAAGCACCCACACCCGGCACCGCCUUCGACGCGCACGCCGUCGCCCAACACGCGCUCACCGCCGGCUCCGGCGGCGGCGAGUCGGGAAUUCUGUCCAGCGCUGUCGUCGGCACACCGGGCGCCGAGACACCCGUGGCCACACCUGGCGCGUCUGCUUCAGCCGAGCCGGAGACGGAGCAGGAUGAAGAGGAUGACGACGAAGAUGACGAUGAUGACGACGACAUCGACGAGGCGGCCGCGCAGGCGCAGGAGAUGAAGGCCCAGCUGCGCGAGGAGGUCGCGGAUCUCCAGCGUGAGGUUGAGAGCGCAAGGCAGCAGAUGGAACGUCAGAACAAUCCGCUACUGAAGCAGAGGCUGAUGGCCAAGUUCAGGAGCUUACAGAGCGAUCUCGAGCUCAAGAAGGCGAGUUUGGGUGAUGAUGACGACGAGUAA